CCUUCUCUGUCCCUCCAUCACCAAAUCCACCACACAACCAAUACACACACUACCCUAGAUACCCAUUUGAUUCUCUUGCAGAGGAUCUGGUAUCUAGUUUUUACUACACAACUUUUACACACGCGGCGGCAUCCAGAGGAUCCUCCGCUUUAACCCCGCCACGAGCAACACUUCGACUACGGUCCCGCACCAGUAGUCGCUCCUCCCAGUCGCAAUCAUGGCUGACAAAGGUCUUGAGGACGUGCCCGAGGGUCAGAUCGAGUCCAACUACGAUGAGAUCACCGACUCGUUCGACAACAUGAACCUGAAGGCUGAGCUCCUCCGUGGAGUCUACGCCUACGGUUUCGAGCGCCCCUCUGCUAUCCAGCAGCGCGCCAUCAUGCCCGUCAUCAAGGGCAACGAUGUUAUCGCCCAGGCCCAGUCCGGUACCGGUAAGACGGCUACCUUCUCCAUCUCUACUCUCCAGAAGAUCGACUCCAACGUCAAGGCCUGCCAGGCGCUGAUCCUCGCCCCCACCCGUGAGCUCGCUCAGCAGAUUCAGAAGGUCGUUGUCGCCAUCGGUGACUUCAUGGACGUCCAGUGCCACGCCUGCAUUGGCGGUACCAGCGUCCGUGACGACAUGAAGGCCCUCCAGGACGGCCCCCAGGUCGUUGUUGGCACUCCCGGCCGUGUCCACGACAUGAUCCAGCGUCGUGUCCUAAAGACCGACCACAUGAAGAUGUUCGUCCUCGACGAGGCCGAUGAGAUGUUGUCUCGCGGUUUCACCGAGCAGAUCUACGACAUCUUCCAGCUGCUCCCUCAGUCCACCCAGGUCGUUCUCCUCUCCGCCACCAUGCCCCAGGACGUUCUCGAGGUCACCACCAAGUUCAUGCGCGACCCCGUCCGUAUCCUCGUCAAGAAGGACGAGCUUACCCUCGAAGGUAUCAAGCAGUUCUACAUUGCUGUCGAGAAGGAGGACUGGAAGCUCGAUACUCUGUCCGACUUGUACGAGACCGUUACCAUCACUCAAGCUGUCAUCUUCUGCAACACCCGCAGGAAGGUCGAUUGGCUCACCGACAAGCUCACUGCCCGUGACUUCACGGUCUCGGCCAUGCACGGUGACAUGGACCAGGCCCAGCGUGAUGUCAUCAUGAAGGAGUUCCGUUCCGGAUCUUCUCGUGUCCUCAUUGCCACUGACCUUCUGGCCCGUGGUAUCGAUGUCCAGCAGGUCUCCCUGGUCAUCAACUACGACUUGCCCGCCAACCGCGAGAACUACAUCCACCGCAUCGGUCGUGGUGGACGUUUCGGACGUAAGGGUGUUGCCAUCAACUUCGUCACCGCCGACGAUGUCCGCAUGAUGCGCGAAAUCGAGCAGUUCUACAGCACACAGAUCGAGGAGAUGCCCAUGAACGUGGCUGACCUCAUCUAAGAAGUGGUGCUCUGCUAUCUUCUCAUCGCCGCCUCACUCUGCCCACUAACGCUUCAGCGGUGCAUUGGAUAGAGGCGGUGGUCUUCUAAUACGAGCUCCCUGCACGGCCAGGGGUGCUCUCUGUUUGGUCCGGUUCAAAAGUGGUUCGAGGUAGGACGAGUAAUCGUCUAUACAUCGCGGCAUCUUGGCGUUGGUCUCUCAUGUGCGAAAUGAUUUCCCUAAAAGAAUGUCUGCAUAUGAUAGACUUACGGUGCGUAGUUGACGGAUGGGUCCUGUUUUGCAAUUUCAUGCUACUUUCCUAUGUCCUCAAGGAUCUGCUGCACGUCGUCAACGCAUGCUCACGCGGUGGGAUAUGUAGCACUUCACCAUGGCCACGCAUGUCGAUGAUAACGAUCGGGAGUUUCCUUUCAUAUAGAGAUGCGAUUCAAUUGCAUGGAAGUUACUUAA